CAAGCGCACCCUGACAGACGUUUGUCAUAUGGGGUGGGAAAAGCUAAAUGAACUAAACAACGUCCUGUGCCGUUUAGAACGAGAAAUCAAGAAUAAAGAGGAAACACUAGAUUUGGAGAACCAUGUCAAACAUUUAGAUAGAAACAGUUCUGAUAUAUCAUUUAAGUUGGAGCCCACUAGAAUACCGGCUGAGUCAAUGACAGAAGAGAGUUACGUGAAUUGCAUAGAGAACACAAUUCAAAUAGCCGAGCAGUUGAUGGCAGAGUCAAAAGCUCUACGAGCAACCAUGUUUAAAAGCAGAGAACAGGCGCACAAUCAGAUGUACGCUCAGUCCCAAGAAGUGGAGAUGAUAAUGCGUAGACGCGUUUACGACCAGCAGAGAGCAAGAAAUGAAAUGGAAUGGCAGAAAUACAAGCUGGAAAGCAACUUAGCAAAAUUGGACCGUGAGAUUGAGUCCCUCCGCGCUGCCGUGGCAGAUAAAAUCAAUCCUACCAAGCUGGUAGAGACGAGACUGGAGAUGAGAUUAAAGAGACCCGUGUUAGAGAGAGUUCAGGAUAUCCCCAUGCGUGGGCUGACGGAGGAGUAUGAACGAGUCCACAUGAGUUACAAUAUGUUGGAGAAAAAAUUGGAAGAUGCUCUAACAACAUACCACGGUAUGUACAAUCACCACCAACGCGUAACCAAGGAUUUGCAGUACAAGAACCAAGCUUUAGAGACGGAUCGGCGUCUCAUCGAGAUACGGAAACCGAUCCAUGGCCCUGAUGAAACGGAAUUCAAGAGGAAUGUUGGCUAUUGUCGUAUGAGCGAUGAGUUAGUACCGGAAUAACCGGUAUACUGUUACCGGUAGUGUGUUGGUAUGAAUGUGUAGAGGUAGGUAGGUACCAUGAUAUUGAUGAACACUUUUAUGUUAUUUCGUUCUUCGCUGUUUUAUGUCUGAUGUUGUACA